CCAGCACGCGCGAAGAGCCCAACGUCCCAACUAGAGCUCCCUUCCACGCCUCUUUCUCCAAUCUCCACCUCCCCACUCCCCCCUCUUCGACCGUCCCCUCCGCCGAACUCCAACUCACCGAGCCAGCCAGCACCACCACCAGGAGCCAUGCCGGCGGCGGUCGCCUGCUCCGUCAAGUGCCGCCCCCACCACCGCCUCUCGGCGCCGCAGCCCCCCGCCGCGCUGGACCUCCUCCCCCGCGCCCCGGCCUCCGCCGCCGGCGAGCUGCGGGCGACCCGGUGCCGGACCCCGCCCUCCCUCUCCUUCGCGCGCGCUUCCGACCAAGGGGAGGCGCGAAGCCCGCCGUCCGCGAGGCGAGCCCGCGCCGCCGUGGCGGGGUUCGAGGAAGUCGGCGCCGCUUCUUCCGCAGCCGCGGCGGCCCUGCUCGCCGGCGCGCAGUCGCGGCACGCCAUCUUCCGCGAAGAGCUCGUGAGAAAGGCCUACUACGCGGCCGAGGCGGCCCACCGCGGCCAGAUGCGCGCGAGCGGCGACCCUUACCUGCAGCACUGCGUGGAGACGGCGGCGCUGCUCGCGGAGCUCGGCGCAGGCCCUCCGGUUAUCGCGGCGGGGCUGUUGCACGACACGGUGGACGACGCAGGCCUGGAUUACGGCUCCAUCUCCGAGCAAUUCGGUGCUGGCGUUGCGGACCUCGUGAAGGGGGUUUCUAAUCUAAGUCAUUUGAGCAAACUGGCUCGUAGAAACGAUACAGCGAGCAGAACUGAUGAAGCUGACAGAUUGCGUACAGUCUUCCUUGCAAUGGAGGAUGCGAGAGCAGUGCUUAUCAAACUUGCUGAUAGGCUACACAAUAUGAGGACGUUGGAUUCAUUGCCCAAGAUCAAACAGCAGUGCUUUGCAAAGGAAACGCUGGAGAUAUUUGCUCCAUUGGCGAAUCAAUUGGGGAUCUUGAACUGGAAGGAGCAGCUUGAAAAUCUGUGUUUCAAGCAUCUUUACCCAGAGCAAUAUGAGGAACUGUCAUCCAACCUUCAUGAGUUUUACAACAGAGAUAUGAUUGCAGCUGCAAUAAGGCGAUUGGAACAGGCCCUUCAGGUGAGAGGGCUAUCCUAUCGUUCCAUAUCAGGGAGGCACAAGAGCAUAUACAGCAUCUACAGCAAGAUGACAAGGAAAAAACUGGACAUGGAUGAAAUCUAUGAUGUACAUGGAGUGCGUGUGAUACUCGAGAAUAAAGCUGAUUGCUUCACCACAUUAGAAGUUGUCCAUCACUUGUGGCCUAGAAUUCCUGGGAAGUUUAAAGACUAUGUCAGCAGCCCCAAAUCUAAUGGGUACCAAUCGCUGCACACGGUUGUUCUCAGUGAAGAAACACUCCCAUUAGAGAUCCAAAUUCGUACUGCGGACAUGCACUUGCAGGCAGAGUUUGGAAUCGCUGCACAUUGGAGGUACAAGGAAGGCGAACGUAACUGCUCUUCAUCUCUGCCUGAAAUGGUUGAAUGGGUUAGAUGUGUUGUUACAUGGCAGUGUGAAACUCUGCACACAGAUCACCCUUCGCCUCCUGGACUUGGUUCUUCCCCAAGGGCAACAUGCACUUUCCCUUCUGACUCUGAUGGCUGUCCUUUUUCCUAUUCAAAACAAUGUGACCACACUGGACCAAUCCUAGUAAUACUUCUGGAGAAUGAAAAGAUGUCAGUGCAAGAACUCCCACAAAAUUCGAAAAUACUGGACCUACUGAAGAGGGCUUCUAGCUACGACAUGCAGUUGAGCCUAAGGCUCAACAGUCAUGCUGUGCACAACCUGCACCAGGAGCUGAAGAUGGGCGACGUGCUGGAGCUGAUCCCUUCAACUCCUUGCAAAUCAGGAGGCUACAUGAGGGAGCUCAACCAAAUGUCUGAUCACCGUCUCGCGGUUUCGCAGUCUUGACAGCCGUAGACCAGCAGAUCUUGUGAAUACAUAUAUGACAGCUCAGCUAAAUCGUCUGAAGUUUAGGUGACCGCACUGACAGAAUCAUAACAGAUGUUGUAGCAUUUGGUGUAUAUUUGUUGAUAACUUUGUUCAAGUAGAACAAAAGAAGUUAACCUGUAAAUAGUACGUACGUGAUACAGAGUUCAAGCUCGGGAAUUGUUCUUAGUUUUAGAACACCUAUCGAGAAAAUAGAACAUGGUUAGGAUAAGUGAUUUCAGUUCUCUACUUGUUCAGAUAUUGGCUAUGAAUUUGCAAUUACAUGUGAAUAUUUUUUUUU